GUUUGUUGGUGCAAUGGAGCAAAAACAGCCCUUUUAUUACCGGUUCAGGUGGAAAAGCCGCAAGGAGAGUCGGCCAGACCAAAAACAUCGCCAGUUAGAAGCCACGACAAUCAUUAAUCAUUCGUCUCUCAAAUUGCCUGAGCCCGGUACAGCACGUGGGCGUUUCACGGUGCCCUCUCGCCCCCAGACUUCAUAUGACGAGUGACAACCAUGAUACCAUCCACGAGCGACGGUACCGCACCGAAGUCUUGGCCUUGCCGUUUAGAUUUAGAGUCUCAUGAGCCUACGCUCCAUUUAAACAAGGUUGACUUCAACUUGUCCGAUGAACUUAGACAUUUGACCUUGCCAAGUAACGAACGGUCGGAGACGCGUUCGAACCGAGUGAGAUUUAGCGAAGAUGUGGCGGAUCGCAACUUGAAGACAGUUCGGCCAGACGGUCUAAUGCCAACGAACGGUCGAAGUACAGAUGUUUUGGAUUUUGAUCUUCCCUUCUACCCUCGUGUCGUUGUCGAGAAGAGCAGAUACUCCGAAGAUGUAGCCGACCGCAACAUGAGUAUAGGGGUUCUCUCAGGCUUAUCCAAUAAGACCUAUAAUCCAAAGCUUGCCAAACAUCGAAAAUCAGAAGAGCUCUUACAUCCGAAAUCUCAAUCGUGCAGCAAGAAUAUUAUUCGCACGGAUGUUGCACAAGAUCCUCCUGUUGAUGUAAGCCAAGUCAAACAGCCGUCUAAAGAUUCCGGAAGUUCUACGACAAAGUCAACAACGGGGAGAACGAUGGACAAUUCGCCUGCAUCUUCAUUUGACACGUAUUCGAGCAAGGAGGUGGAGGAACAAGUUGAUUUUCAUACAACGAUUUUGGAAGACGCCAAGGAAGCCAGGCCCAGAGCAGUCAAUGCACAAAGCAAACCAAACGCCGAUGCAUCAUCUCUAUGUCUGAAUGAGGUUCCAGAUGGGAGGCUCGAGGGUAAAAUGCCACUCAUUUCGGAUUGCUCAGUGCCGAAGGUGACGACGACGCGAAUGGAUAGAUCAACGGUCGCGGACGAGCGCGGUGAGAACGUGGGCACUGAAAGGGAACUCCCGCCCAGCUCAACGGGCCUCGAUCUGAACCGGAAGACCGACACUGAGAUUGUCACCAAGUACGAACCCCCCGUGAAAAAGGAGACCGUCCAGCCGAUCGUGCACCACGUACGAGAGGAGCAAAUCACGCGCGAGAUCCACCACCACGACGUUUUCCACCGCAUCCUGCCUAUCAGGGAGAUCGAGGUGCUACCCGCCAAACACUUCAGACGUGCAGCGAAUGGGGAGCUGGAAGAGCUCCCCGCAGGUGCGAUGCCAGGAAGGGCGAAUGAAGUCCUGUCGCGACUGGCCGUAGAGAAUACCUCGCAGAGGGAGAGCACCUCCCUGGGUCCGCGAACCUUCACCGCGAGCUCGCUGGAUUAUCUCCCCCAAGACUACGAAGAGAGGGUCGAUGCAGAUGGCGUACGUCGCUCGCACACAACGUGGAUACAUGCACCCGUGCUUGAAGAUGGAGGCAGACGAACGGGCCAGACCCAACCAUUGGAGAUUGCAAGUCGUUGACUAUAUGAGGCAGUGACUGGAUUCCAUCUGGGCAUGUGGCGUAUGGUCGUUGCAGUUCCGACUUUGUUGUUCGUGAUCAUGCGAUAUCGAGCGUUCAGAACAAUACAGGAAAACCAAGGAUGUCGGUGGCGAUUUCAUAUUCCUACUUCAAUGUCAACGGCGAAAUCCAACGAGAAGCCGUUGGCUCUGAUAGUUGGCACGCGUGCGAGCUGUUUUUUUUUUUGUUAGCUUACAUCGUGAUGCAUGAAGGUCACAAAGUUUUGAAGGAAAUUACGAUUUCGGGUCGCAUUUGAUUUUCAUCAUGGUUACCGCAUGUCUUGACGUUGAAGGUAGAAGACCAGCACCUCCUACAGAUUGACUUUGAAUAUUAAGUUCGUAUUAGCGUGUAAUAAAU